AGAGGCUAUAGCUGAAGACGAAGGUGCGCAAUCGCCAGAUACCCCGUUCCGUGUCGGCAUCCCCGAAGAUAGCCGAUCAAGUACCGGUCAGCCGGCCGAUCGCCGGACACGUGCGGACAACGUGCCAGCUGCGAUACAAGGUCGCCCAACUUCCCCGCGUCCUUCAUCUUUUCCUUUAGAUAUUCCUUCUUCAGCGCUGGGGUCGCCAUUUCUUUUGCAAGGGUCCGACGUGGAUUGUAACUUAUCGGGGGCGCCUAACGGUCGUUUGGGAGAGGGGACAGGCACGUCUAUCCAGGGCAACGUUCCAGGUGCUCCUGCCAGCGAAGACAUGGUGGCACCCUCUCGUUCAUCUCCGGACAGGAAAUCGAAUGGUUCUGCUUCCCUUCCAAAUACUCCUCAGAUCGCAUCGACAUCUGCCAGCGCUUUUGCGGAUGCCCCGUCUCUUCUUAGUCCUCCUGCGGUUUCCGUAACUGCGCCCACUCCAGAAGGAUCUCCUGGGGGACACUCUCGACGAUCGGCUAGCGAACUUCUGGGUCAAAAAACAACACAGGGAACGCCUGUGUCCUCUAAGAGUUUUGGGAAGAGGAAGGCAGAGGACGUUGAGGUCAUGUCUGCAGUGCCAAAGCACGUUCAGCAUGCAUCGUUUGUGCUCCCUCCCAACCAUAGUGAACGAACCGCCUCGCGGCACUCCUCCGAUGCCUCCCGUGCACCUUCAUCAUACCACACCCCGAAGCGUGCACGCUUAUCCUCGCCCGGUGAAAGCCCCUCCCAAUCCCUUCAGGGUUCCCUAUCCCGAAUACCAAAAGGAUCGUGGUCGAGCCAUACGAGCUCGAAGAUCCAGGGCCUGUCACCCUCCCGCGCAGCGUCACGAUCUGCAUCCGUUCGUUCAUCCCCUGCACGCCAUCACACCGACAUAGACCGCCGGCGCAGCCUGUCACAGGUUUCGAUACCCAUCAGCGCAAUUGUAACCCCUCAUGUACCAUCCGUAACCAGGUCCUCCAACUUUCAUAUGCGUGAUCCUCGGCGGCCGCCGAGAGUACAUCCCACCCCAUGGUCCUUAACUCUUAGAUCGCAAGAUGAAGACGGGUCGCCUUUGCAUGCUUGGUUCUUUUUUAUAGGGUUUGUGUUGUUUCCUCUAUGGUGGGUUACGUCGUUUCUGCCGAUACCCAGAACGCGGGAAGUAGGGGGUACGGAUACCGAGAAGGCUGUUACGCUGGACGACCCACAAAUUGAACAUGAUGCAAGAACGUGGCGUUUUCGUUGUCGCAUCAUGGCUGUCGUCUCGCUCUUCACCUAUGUGCCCUUUAUCGUCCUCAUCGCUGUGUUCGUCUCUCGCAGAACCUAGGUUAUCCAUAGCGUUAUUGGUAUCUCUUGCAUCGUCUCCCCAGCCUGUUGUCACAAUCUGAACACUGAACUGUUGUCCCCAUCCUCACUGUCGCUCCUUUCGAACCGAACGCUGUCGCUACUUGGACUGCACACAUACCAACAUACCAAUGUAUUUAUCAUGAGCAGAGCAUGUAUUGCACGUCGUACAUACUGUAGGCAUACCGAUAAUUACCCCGUAUAUGUCCCUUUUCUUCGCUGGGGUGCAGUGUGUUAUUUCGG